AUGCCUCCAAAACGACAAAGAAAUUCACAAACAACACCACAACAUAAAAAUAUUGGUGAUUUGGAAAACAAUAUUAAUCGUGGUAUAAAUGAUGUAGCAGCAAUGGGAACAUCUGGAGCUGAUAAAAUUGGGAAAAAUAUAAAACAAACUGAGAAUAAGAUAAAACAACAAAUACAAAAAGGUCAACACGACGCAGAACAAAGUUUACAAUCAGUUAAAGAAAAUACUGUUGACUCAAUCAAAGAAGGAAAAAAAGAAGUCAGCAAGGCUUUACAAACAGGUGCGAAUGAAAUUAAUAAUGCAGGAAAAAAUACGACGAGACUAGCAAAGGAAGCUGUUGAUAAAACUGGUGAAGACAUUAAAGACAAAGUGAAUCAAACCAAAGAUGUUGUUACUGAUAAAGUCAAUGUAGCCAAGGAUAAACUCAAUAAUGCUAAUCAAAAUGUCAAAGAUAAUGUUGGCAAAACUUCAGAUGGUAUGAAAAAUGCGACAGACGCAGUAACCGAAAAAACUCGUGAAUUUGCUCAAGGUGCUGUUGAUAAAAGCAAAAAAUCGGAAAAUAAAGCAUCGCACGGAUUUUCAGCAUUUCGUAAAUCAAUCGAAGGUAUUUUUCAUUGA